CACUUGUCACUGUCACAUCCAAGUCAUCCAACCGAACGUGUACUGUACAAUUUAAAGUGAUUGUAUUUUAUAAUUUAUUUUGGAUUUUAUUAAAAUACCGUCAUAGAAGUUGUGCCACCCGAGUGAAAUAAUUCUCAUAAUUUUAUUGUGCAAUAUGUCAAAAGUUACCAAAAGGAAACACGUUUUCAACGAAGCUCUUUGGGACGAUUUCGAAUUACCAAAAGAAAAUCAAACAGUGGUCAAAUUGUUGAAAAGUGUAGGAAACAAUCUACACGAGGUGACCACACCAUCAGGGGAAGUUUACCUAGUAUCAAUGCCAACAAAGUUCCGGAAGAACAUAUGGGUGAAAAGGGGUGAUUAUAUACUCGUAGAACCUAUAGCUGAAGGCAACAAAGUGAAAGCUGAAAUAGUGAAUAUAUUAAAUAAAGAUUCAAUCAAAUAUUACAAACAAUGUAAGGUGUGGCCUAAGGAGUUUGAGGAUAAACAAGAGAUCAAAACAAACACUGAUGAAAUAUUUGUGAAUACUAAUAGGAAACAUCAAAUUGUAAUUGAAAGUUGUAGCGAUACAACAGAUAGUGAAAGUGAAGCCGAUAGUGCAAGCGACAGUGAUAAGAAAUAAAAAGGUUUAACUGAUUCUUUGAUUUAUAUAGGUAAUGAGUUAUGAAGGAAAUUAUUAUUUUAAGUGAUAUGAAUAGAAAUGGGAAUGCUUAGAUUGAUCAUGUGGAGAGGAUGAAUGAAAGCAAGUAUAUUAAGCAAAUUUGAUGAAGGGCAUGAUGAGAAAGAAACUUUCUCUGAUUGUCCUGUGUCUAUCUAUAUAAAUAGAUAGACAUCCAUAUACUCCAUUUAAUAAGUCCAUCCAUAUCUCCAUUAUAUAUCCAAUACUUUAUUUUAUAAGAAAUACAUAGUAUUUAUUUAUUGUUUAUUGUUGAGUUAGUAUCUUAUACACACACACGCACACACACACCCAUCUCGAAGCUUACUCAAUCUGUCUAAUCUCAUAUAUAUUAUAUAUGAGUCGUGUAGGAUCAAAAUCGGCUAUCUGAGUUAUGGCUGAAAAGUGACAAUAUAAAAAAUAAACCCUUUAGGACUGUUUUUCAUUUUUACAUCAAAAUUUUUGUUUGCAAGACAAAAUUAUCAUUAAAGAAUUUACAAUUUAACUCAAAGUCUGUAUUAAAGUUGAAUGUUUAGAUACGGCAGGUGUUUAUUUUGUGCAGAUAGCCACAUUUGAUACUGAACUUUGAAAAUAACCAUAUUUGAACCUGAGAUAUAGACAAAUAGCCACCUUUGAUUCCAAGCCAAUGACAAAUAGCCAUGUUUGAUACUAAUAAAAAAAAAGUAAAAUAAGGGUUGUCACUAAACAAUAUCAUGAGUAAGUAUUAUUUUUAUUUGACACCACUGGGGUAUUGUUAGUG